CAAGCCGAUGAUAAGACGGUUGAAGGUAAAUGAAAGACGCUUACUGCUGAAUAUAUAUAUGUUACUCAUUUUUUUUUUUGUUGGAUUGAUUUAUAGAUUUUUUGGAUUCUGUCAUUGGUGGCUUGAUAUCUAUCGAUGAAACAAACAGGAUAGAUGAAAGCAAGGAAUUGAUAAAAACUAUGGACUUCAAAAAUUUAUUUCUUAUAUCAGCUCAAGUUAGCAAUGGCGCGGAAACUGACUAUGAAGAUAUCUAUUACCUCAACCUUGGUAUGAACACAUCAAUGCGAUCAUUUCAUGAUUGUUUGGAUCCUCUUGUAUAUGAAAGUUAUCAAGUUGAUAGUGAAAUAGCCAUAGAUUCAAGCGAUGUUGAUAAUGAUGAUGAAGACUUGGGUAGCAAUGAGUCCGACGAAGAAGAUAUGAGGGGAUCAUACAAAUUUACUACAUUUACUCAAGUACCACCGAUACUCUUUGUGACUUUAGAAGAUCGACAAGAUUAUCAAGAGCAACAAAAGAGUAAAAAGGAAGGAUCAUCUUAUAAAUUGGAAAAGACCAUUUAUCUUGAUCGAUACCUGAUAGAAAACAAAGAUUUGGCAUUACAGAAAUAUCAAUUGGCAGCUCAAUGGAAAUCAGACAUAAGACGGACUCAAAAGGAAAUAUGGAACUUACAGCAUGAAGGACUACCUCAGUCUAUAUCAACAAGUGUGGACGAUGCAAAUUAUUUGAAGGAUGAUACCCCUGUUACUCUAGGAAAAUGUCAAUUAUUGAACACAACAGCCGAAUAUUUGAAUUCACAAGUCAGCUCGCUUGCCGCUACCGACGAAAAUAUUGAAUAUAUCAAAUCACUACAGUCUAUACAACAGGUGUUAUAUCAUGUUCGAGAUGAUAUAGAAAAGAAACAAAAAGAACUGAAGCAACUCGAAUUAGAACGACAGGAAUCAUUGAAAAACUUGUUCGACGAUCCAAGAUUACGUAAAGUACCUUACGAUUUACGAGCUGUACUACAUACUGAUGGACUUAGUGGGACUGGACAUUACUGGGGAUAUAUUUGGGUUGAACCUAGUGAAAUCAAUCUUUUGGAGGACAUUCCUGUUGAGGGAAGUGGAUGGUAUCGAUUCUGUGAUGCAAUGGUUGAAAAGGUGACAGAAGAAGAUGUAUGGGACGAGCGAACUGAUCCUUUUGCUCUGGUAUAUGCCGAUCGAUCUAUACAAAGGUUUUCAAAACAACAACUGGAUCAAGUUACUCCUGAAGAUUUAUUACAAUUUAUACAAGAUGACAACGCCGCCUUUGCAAAUGAAGGAUUGGAAGAUGAUGGACAAAAUAGCAUAUAUAAUAUCAAUAUCGAUAACAGUGGUAGCAACAGUAGUCAGCACAGUAGUAUGCAACGUUCGAACUCUCAGAUUUCCAUUGGCACUGAUCACUACUCAUUAGAAUUCGGCAAUGAUGAAAAUAGUGAAGACCAAACGCCAAAUUACUGUCAACAGGGAUUCACUUCUGGGAAUAGAUCGCCUGCAAGGUCAAAAGAAUCAAAUCUUUCUAGCAAUAAAACACAGCAAAUACGAGACAAUCAUCCAACACUAUUAUCCACAAUGAAGUCCUCUAGACUUGUAGAUUUGGCUGUGGCAAAUAUCAUAGAAAUGCGGACAUCAAUUGAAGGCGACUACCGAUUUUUAAAGAGGUUCGACUUGUUUUUAGCUCGUGCUGGUGACAUGGAAAUCUUGGCAAGAUUUUAUCAACUAGUUAAUCAAGUUUUCCAGAACAAUAAUAUUGAUGGUAGUAACAAUCCCAAAGUUGAAAACAAUAGCGAGGUUGGAGUCAAAGAUAGUGAAAUCAGUGUGGAAUAUUUCAACAACGAACUCGAUUUAUUAUCUAUGGCAGAAAUUCGUGAUAUUAUCCGAAGUGACAGUACCCUUGUUUUAAUGUUUGAACAAUAUGAAUCGUAUCUAUCCAUUGGACAUAGAAUCGCCUCCGCACUCACCAUGUUUGUCUACGAUAAUUACAAUGCAUCAUUGGAACAUAUCUUGGAAUACUAUAAGGAGCAAAGCAAUUGGGGGAUUAUAUUGGCUUCAUCAAAUGAGCUACUUUGGAAGUUCCCUGGACUAAACGAUUUGUCGUUCAGAGCGAUUGCUUCUAAAUUUGGAAAAGCAUGCCUCAAGAAACUCAACGAUGACGCUCAUACAAAAGCAUGCAACUUGGCUUAUCGUAACCGUGGAUUACAAGAUGGUAUUCGGAUUGCAUAUCAAGCCAUCAAAUUCGUAAACGACGAUAACCAUGAUAAUAACAAUAAUGUGCAGUUCUUAUCUGAACUUGGAGAACGGUGGUUUGACUAUGCUGAAGGACAAAGUGGUACUCUGACUGAUGAUCAAGCACAACUUCUGAACAACUUGGUGAUGUUAUAUUUGGAUGCUGCCUCUUCCAUCAUGUUGCCUGAAAAUGAUCAAGUCACCAACAAUACUGACAAAUUAUCUCUUGCUACUAGUACGGAUGAUAGUCCUAUUUGGUUAGUAUUUAGAAAAUCUUUACAUGAUGCUGAAGCAAAAUUGUUAAAGACUUUGUAGUUUUAGAUUAUAUUUGAAAUCAAUUUGUUUAUUUGGAUGAAGAUGUAUGAUAAUAAAACAAUGAUGAUGGAUAGUAUUGGUAGAAGAAUGGCAAACUAUAAUAAAAAUAUAUAAAAAAAAACACAAAAAUGAUGUACAAAAAAAAAAAAG